CAGCUGUUGCUGGCGGGAUCAAUUUAGGGAGUGUAUUGUUAAUUGUUUUUGUUUUACUUGCAUCAAGAUUUACGGACGAGGAUGCGGAAAUACCAGCAGCUGGUGCUGCUGCUCAUCUCCUGCCUCAGCGUGAGCAUCCUGCUGAUGUACAAGACCGAGAACAAUCGCCUCAAGUACGUGCUCAAGUACGUGAACUUCUUCGGACGCAACGAUGCCGCUGUCCUCCGGCGCCUGGAGAACGGAACCAAGGAGGACGGAGCGCAGGUGCUGUGGCGCCCUCUGCCCGUGUGGCAGGUGAUCGGAGACUCCUUCCAUGCCUACUCCGCCUUCUGGAUGCGCAACGAACUGGUGGCCGGCGGCGAAGCCCACGUUCUGGUGGUCGGAAAAAAAGGAGCAGUGGUCGACUUCCGCUGCAGCCUGGACCUUCUGGGCGGACGCAGUGUGCAGGGGAAGUUUCGUUUUCAGAGGGACUCCAUUGAGAGCCUUGUAGAUGACAAGUCUUCCAACUUCACCAGCUAUCACUUCUUCUGCCAGGUGAGCCGAGAUUUCGGUCAGCCCGGCAGUGUCUCCUUCACGGACAUAACAACCACCAGGAGUCCAGUGAGGCUGCGUCUGCGAAACCUUAAACCAGCGAGCAAGAAGAGCGACGACAAUGUGGUAGCUGUAGCGCACCGCCUACCAGCCACCGUUUGCGUUGAUCUCGUUGGCUUCAACAUGACCUCCAAGUUCGCACGUAGUGAAAAUGCUUUGCUGCAGUUCUUCCUGUUCCACCAGGCCAUGGGAAUAGAGCAUUUCCUGGUCUACAACCACGAUGAACUGCCCGAGGAGGUGCUGCACCUGUUGGAGCGCACCAACAUCCACCUGUAUGGCCUGCCGUUUAACUUUCCCUUCCAGCAGACCAACGGCACACGUUCGCGGAUCCACCAACUAUUACUCACGGACUGCCUGCUGCGAAAUGUGAACCACGCCGGCUUCACCCUUCUACUCCGCCCCAACGAGCUGUUCUUCCCCAACUCAAAGUUCUCUGGGGACCAGGCGAAGGGAUCGCUCCAGCAGCAGCUGCGACACUUCUCCUCCGAGAUCACGCGCUUUGAACUGGCAACCAUGUCCGUGUGCUUCGAUGAGAAGAAGAAACUGUUACCCGACAACGUUCAGUACGACCCGGAGCGCAGAUCUGAGUUCAAAACAUUGCUGAAUCGCCUGGAGCUGCCGCCGGCGCAGCUCUUGGCCAGUACAUCCGAUGUGGAACUAUCGUUAUCAACCGGAUUCGUGCACCGCUACGUGGACUGCGACCAUGUGGGCAGCGAUGGCCUGCACGACUGGCGGAACGCAGUUCGCGAGGACUUUAUGGAGCACAUCAACGUGCUCCGCAACGAGGUGGAGCUACUCAUCUAGGAGCGUACGUUUAGGUUGAGAUUUAAAUACAUGUAGUUUUGAGAGAUUACUUGACUGCCAUAAAGAGAAUACAAGUAAGCACA